UUCUCUCUUGUGUUCUCUCUCUCUUCUCUCUAUUUUCUCUCUCUUUCUCUCUCUCUCCCCAGUAACGUGAAAAAACACAUGGGCUUAUUGAAAGAAACCCUGUCAACAUCUGUAUCUUUACUGUAUCCUUUAGCAACAUAGGAGCUGGAAGGUGGAACCACAGUUCUCAGCAGGGGACCAGGUAUUUGACACCCCUGGAAGUGUGUCAGAGGCUUUGAAAUUCCAGGCUGAUCUAGAGAGUAAAGUUUGGAGUCACUGUCCGCCGACGAGAGUUUAAAAUGAAUCUCAAUGUUUGGAACAUCAAAGACAUGUUCAGCAUUCCUCCAGGAGCCGGAGCUUAUAAGUCUUCAAAUCGCAAUGCCGCUUCCAGUGACCAUUCCAGCCUGACAGAUUCACAGUUCCUGUUCAGUUCACAGUUCUGCCCCGAGAGCACCCAGGCAGGAUCCGGGGAUUAUAAAUCACAGGCAAAUUAUCAGAGGAACUCAAAUCCAAACUCACAGGAGGUACCGACUGAACAAAGUGUGCUUCAGAAAUACCAGACUAAGCCUCCUCUGUGCUGUACUGAUGGCAAAGAAAGGGGCCCAUUUCAGACGUUUGGAAAAGCAAAUAGCAAAAGCAUUCUUGUGCAAUUUGAAGAAAGCAAGAGAAAGGCCAAAGAAAAAUACGAGAGCGAGCAAUUAAACCAGGUGAUCUUCCAGGUUCAUGAGACUAUACAGGAGUUGAAAAUGUCUCUCAGCCACAUGGAAGAAAACACAAACUUGAAGUGCAAGUCGCUUUUGGAUUCUUUGGAUGCAACUUCUAAGGCCAUGCAGGAAAAUAUCGCUUUUUACCACGAGUCAAUGCAGAAAAUGAUCUCAACUAAAUGCAGUUGCAGACAAGUGUUGUUGGACUUAGAAAAUAAAAUUACUUUGAAAGAUGCAGAGCUGACAGAUCUAAAAUCAAACGUGCAGCUGCUGGCGACGAGCGUGGAUGCUAUGAAGUCACAGCAGUGUGAGAAGCACCUGGAUCUGUCAGAAAAAUUAACACGCCUGUCAGACUCCAUAAAGUCAUCAGAAGAUAAAAUCCUCAGCCAGAUUCACAACCUUAAUUACGUCUCUAAGCCCGCGCAACACUUUAAAGAGAAUGCGACGCAGACGUCUCCCACCAGCGUUCAAAACCUGCCUGCCGAAGAACAUAUCUCAUCACAGUUCAGAACAACGGGGACUUGUCUAGAUGUCUCGAAUCUCUCACAUAGCAAGGUUCAGAACACAUGUGAUGGAAUUAGCAAUGGAUUUCCUUCACAACACGGAGAAAAUCUUUCUCUAAUCGGAUUAAAGGGUGUAACAACACGUAGCAGUGCCAGAUCUCUCGGCAGCACCGAGAACUCCGGCGUUGCUUUAGAAUCUCCAGAGAACCAUCCAAGAUCAAACGUUGAUAGUCGAAGAGUACAUUUUAGCGACACUGCGGAUGUAUGCCGCCCGCAGCAAUUUUAUCACGACGAUCGCUGCGUCCCAGUAGAGCAGGACCAUCUCCACCAACGCACAGAGCAACACAAUGGGAAAGAAAACAAAUUAACUGCCUUCAGGUGUAAGAAAACGAAACGAAGCGCAAAUAAGCGUUGGGGAAAUUCCAAGAACAGAAGAGGCUUUUCUAUUAAAAACACUACUCAAAUUAUUUCCAGAGCGGUGGCUGGUAAUUCACAGGAUGAAUCUAAAAAUGAACCCGUCACUCACAAACGGGAUAACUCCGUCAGACAGAGGGAAAAUUGUUUCACGCUUUAUUCUGAGAGAUGCGAAUCUUCAUUACCUGUCACUCCGGUGCCGGUGAGAAAAGCUAAAAAAAAAAAUAGCCUGAAAUGUACUAAGCUUAGUCCCCGGCAAACGGUAAAGCAGAAUGCAAAGGAAGACGCUACGGAUGAGCUGAGGGACAGCGUUUCCAAAACAGAAGACUAUCCCGAAGACAGCGAUCUGCUUAUAUGGGAUAGCAAGCCGUUGUAUUGCGAUACGGAUUGCAAAAACAACAUGGCCUGGUUUCCACCUUCGAGUCCCCCUCUCAACAAUUCGACAAACAUCAACAUACAAAAGGAGCAGCAGGACUUAGUUUCUUUGUUUUUCGAUAGCAGCGAUGAUUCUGAUUGAAACAUGAACGUUUCCUUUGUUUUUGAAGUUUAGAUAAACGGUAAACCGUUGAUAAACAUGCAUUAAAAUGGAAAGCAAAUAGUUGAA